GUGGUCUUCCUUUUACUUUGCGCAUUGUGCAGCCAAGGGAGGGAGAAACUGUACUUCAAAGCUUGUCGCAAUUGACACGAAGAAGUUCACAAGGCUGAUGAGAAAGAGCCCUGAUUCAGUCUUUCGCUAUUGAACAGUCUAUUCAAGUUCGCUAAGAUGGAUUUAGAGAUAAUAACAAAGGCUUUAGAAGCAACUGUAUCCCAAGACAAAAAUGAGCUGGAGGCAGCACAGAAAUAUUUGGAGCAGUGUGCUCAAGGAACAGGCUUUCCCCAUUUCUUGUUUAUUCUGUCAACCAUUUUGUCAGACAGAGCAAAAUCACCAGUUGCCCGCAUGGCUGCUGGCCUCCAACUGAAGAACUGUCUGACUUCGAAGGAUCCUAAUGUAAAGCAACAACAUCAACAAAGGUGGUUUUCUAUUGAUGAGAAUGCUAGGUCACAAAUUAAAGUUCUGGUUCUGAGAGCACUUGGCACAGAGACAGAUUUCUUUUCUGCAGCUCAGUGUGUGGCAAGCAUAGCAGCUGCAGAACUGCCACAAAAUGGAUGGAUUGAUUUGUUACCAACUCUGCUUGCAAAUGUUGAAAAUGCCGAGAGCACAUACCAGUUGAAAGAGGCAUCAUUAGAAGCUAUUGGUUACAUGUGUCAAGAUAUUGAUGCUCAAUACCUAGAAAAGUUCUCUGGAAACAUUUUGCAAGCAAUUGCCCAUGGAAUGAAGGAUGAAUCGCCAAACACGAAUGUGAAAUUCCAUGCAAGCAAUUCAUUGCUGAAUUCAUUAGAGUUUAUUAGAGCAAAUUUUGAGAAAAAGGACCAACGAGAUUUUAUCAUGGAAGUUGUUUGCAAUGCUACGCAAUCUGCACAAAAUAAGGUUAAAGUUGUAGCACUCCAAUGUCUUGUGAAAAUCGUUUCUUUGUAUUACGAUUUCAUGGAGGCGUACAUGGGACCUGCUUUAUUUAGAAUUACAGUGGACGCCAUGCGCUCAGAGGAGGAUGAAAUUUCUCUACAAGGCAUUGAGUUUUGGUCAUCAUUGUGUGAUGAAGAAAUCGACCUCUCCAUUGAAGCAGCAGAGGCAGCAGAAACGAACACUCCACCUGAGAGAUUCAGUCAUUUCUACGCUAAAGGUGCUCUUGCCCAUCUAGUGCCAAUUUUGUUCAACUGCCUCACAAAGCAGGAAGAAUUCGACGAUGAAGACGACUGGAACCCAUCGAAAGCUGCCGGAGUUUGUUUGAUGCUGCUGGCAACGUGCACUACAAAUGACAUUGUCAAUCACGUCCUGCCGUUUAUACAUAACUCUAUUACCAGCAGCAACUGGAAGCAGCGAGAUGCCGCCGUCAUGGCAUUCGGUUGCAUUCUGGAAGGCCCAGAGGCAGAAGCCCUGAAACCAGUAGUCUUGCAGGCCAUGCCUGUGCUGUUAGGACUUAUGAAGGACCCUAGUGUUGUAGUUCGUGAUUCAGUUGCUUGGACACUGAGCCGAGUUUGUGAGCAAGUCCCCGAGGCAGCGUUGGAUGGUACUAAUUUGGAUAACCUGCUCAACGCACUAAUGGAAAAUCUUGAUAGCGAGCCAAGGGUUUCAACCAAUGUUUGCUGGGCCUUUUCAUCUUUGGCUGAAGCUGCAUAUGACAGUACUCAAACUGCAGAAGAAGACGAGCCACAAACCUAUAUUUUAUCUGGAAAAUUCAAAUUUAUUGUUCAAAAGCUUAUUGACACGGCUGAAAGGCAAGAUGCAUGCCAAAGCAAUCUUAGAAGCGCUGCAUAUGAAGCUGUUAUGGAACUUAUUAAAAACAGCCCAAAGGAUUGUUAUGAUGUAGUUAAAACAACAGUUGUUUCUGUUUUGGAUAGAAUAUCAAGGAUUCUUCAAAUGGAGAGUGCCGGAUCAAACCUGGGUGACCACAGCCAACACAACGACUUCAAAUCUCUGCUUUGUGCUGUGCUUCAGAGCGGAAUUAGAAAAUUUACCCCUGACGAUGCAGCGCAGGUUGGAGAUGCAGUGAUGCAAGCCCUAUUGCAGAUGUUGAGCGCUACAAAAGCAGGAGGUGUGCAAGAAGACGCGUUCAUGGCAUUAGGCACCCUUAUUGAAGGCCUUGGAGAUAGGUUUGCAAAAUACAUUCAAGCUUUCAAGCCAUUUUUGAUUGAGGGACUCGGAAAUAGAUCAGAAUAUCAGGUAUGCAUAGCAGCAACUGGUGUAGUUGGUGACCUUUGUAGAGCUCUGGGAGCACAAAUUCUGCCUCUUUGCGAUGAAAUAAUGACUAAAUUUGGCGAAGGAAUAGCGGACCAAACUGUUCACAGAUCAGUGAAGCCACAUAUUAUAUCAGCGUUCGGUGACGUUGCAUUGGCCAUUGGUACUGAGUAUCGAAAGUACGCCGAGCCUGUUCUUCUCACCCUAGCUCAAGCGGCUGCUGCUCCCGUCGAUAUGACUGACUACGAUAUGAUAGAUUUUGUUAAUGAACUUCGAGAAUCUUGUUUAGAAGCUUUUACAAGUAUUGUUCAAGGUCUAAAAGGAGAAGAUGAAAAAAAUAUCAGUCCUGAAGUGAAGAUUGUUGAGCCCCAUGUUGGCAAUGUAAUGAAAUUUAUCGAAAUAAUAGCGCAAGACCCCGAUAGAACGGACAGUCUAAUUGGUGCUUGCUGUGGGCUGAUUGGAGACUUGUGUUCUGUUUUUGGCUCAGCAAUGGUACCAAUCAUCGAUAACCAAGUGUACCAAGAUCUGAUGCAGGAAGCCAGAAGGUCGAAAGUGCAAAAGACAAAAACCUUAGCAGUAUGGGCAUCAAGGACUCUGAGAAACCUAAAGAAAUAAACAGGCUUUCACUGGACAAGACCGACGUAUUCGACGUUUUGACAGCAACAGCAACAACAACAACAACGAUAACACGAGAGCGGGAGAGCUGCGAGAAUGGAACGCCGGGAAGACAACAAAAAGAGAAUGAGAGCGAAUGUGAGUGGUUCUGGAACAUGCUUUCAGUCAUGAACUGAUUCAAAACUUGCACCUAGCUUACCAUUUUGUACGGUUACAUGUGAUUCUGUGUUGAAAUUUUUUGUCUAAUGUGCAUCCGUCUGUCACUUAUAUUAUUGUGUCAAGUAGAAUUCUCAAAAUUUGUUAGACGUCUGUUAGAAUUAAUUUCAUGCAAAUUUUUGACUAUAUUAUAUUGUACCAGUGUGUUCCAGUUCCGAUGCGGAGAGAACUCCAUAGCAGAUGGCCUUGCCACCAAGUUACGAAAUGCUGCUCCAAUUAGACCUUUUGGAUACCACAACCUUUGAAUCUUCCUUUCCUCCCACUGACCUUAUCCUUUUCAGGUGUUAUCACUCAGCCGCCUUCCUUGUACAUUGAGAUUAGGUAUUUCAAGAUAGCCAGUCAUAGUCUUUGGAGUUUUUAUAGCAAUACCUUCCAUGUGUUUAGCACUUUUUUCCAUAACUAAGCUUAGCAAUUAUAAGAGUGAACUCCCCUAGCCAUGUCACCCCCACUCUCUUUGUCCCAUUACCUAUAAGCAAUUGAUACGUGGCUAGAAACCGAACUGUAUUCUCCUCUAUAUACCUACUGUUAAACCUCAUUGAAAAUGGAAGGCCAUCAGUGCUUUUAGGAACACAUUCUACAUGUUGCAUGACUAGAUUUUCUUUGGAUGCAAAAUUACUUUUGUGAGAGAGGAAAUUUGACAUGAACGUAAACAAACGAUAA